UUCCCCCAAUUCUCAAAACCCUAACCCUAAUAAUAAUAAUAAUUCUGGAAUCAAAUGUCUUCCUCCCCAAUUAUUAUCGCUAAUAAUAAACCAAAACGAAUUCUCCUUCUGAUUGACCUUAACCCUGUACUACUACAAAUCCCUGAUUACAUCAAUUCAGUUCUCACCCUUUCAAAACGCAUUUUAUGUUUUGAUUCCCUUUUUUCCUUCAAAUUCUUCAUAUCUUCCCUCUCCCCUCUCCGUUCCGCCACCGCCCUCCGUCGCAUCCUCCCCGAUCACAAUUCUCUUUCCCUCUCCUUCGAUUCCCCUUCCCAGACCCUCCUUUCCCUCUCCAAAUCCCUCCAUUCCAUUUCCGGAGAAUCCUCGUAUUCGUCUCCGAGCUGUUCUAAUACGGUUAGUUCGUUGCUGCAGCUGGGGAAUGAGUAUCACUGGCAGUUGGAUAUCGACGGUCAUGAUGGUGACGUGUCUUCAGGUAAUCAGACUAAUAAUAAUUUGAUAAUAUUAUUGUCCCCUGUUUGUAAUUCCGUCGAUGCCUUAGCCGACUACUUGUGUUUUGAUGUGAAUGAUGACUGUGUUCACAAUUUGGACCUUUAUCGAGCUAAUUUUCGUGAUAGUUUUCGUGUUGUGAAUGAUUUGUUUGAUAGAAAAGAUAUACAUUUCUGUUGGAUUGAUGUGGGAAGUUGUAAACACGUUAAUGGAGUAGGAAAGUGUGAUGUGAUUGGGGAUGAGAUUAGGAAAUUCGGAUGGGGGUUUUGUUCGACCGAUAUGAUUGUUUUAGGGUCUGCACUUGUGUCGUUUGGGUUGGUGUAUCCGAGUAUUGUGAUGUCGAGUAAGGUUAUAGAUGAAUGUAGUAGGUUAAGUAAGAGGAUACGUGGGCAGCUGAGUCUUGAGAUUUUGGAUGUCAGUGGUAAGCCGUUAGAGUGUAAAUGUUGUGACAUUGAACUUUUGAGUGUGAGGGUGUCGUCUAAUACGGCUACAAUAAGUGAAGUCGGGAAGGAUGUUGGAUUUGUAGACAAGUUUACGGUUGGCUUGAAUGAUGGAUGUGUGAAGAUGCAUGUCAUGGGUGUUAGCAAGUAUACCGAGUGUGAAAGGUUUACAGAAUUUUCCUCGCAAUCUUUCUUAGUUCAAACUGUGGUGUCCGGGAAAAAAGGGAAGGAUGGCUUAGAUAGUUUUUUUGCCGCUAUGGUUCUCGAACUACUUGCAGGUGGGAAUUUUGAGCCAUUUGAGAAACAUGGUGUUCCAAUUUGGCAGAUUUUUCUUGGUUUUCUAUGUAAUGAAGGUUACUGUGCUUUGGUAUCUUUAUCGAAUAGUAAAGGAGAUUCUUACACGGGGAUUCUCAAACCAUUCACGAUUCAUUCUGCUGUCCUUAUGCUUGUUGAUAAUAACCAUCAUUCUAUUGAAAAGGCUGGUGGAUUAAAUCUUUUCAUAAAUGAGACUGGUCCUCAAGGUGACACUGAUUUUAGAAAGGUCAGUACAUCGGGCAAAUAUGUUCAUCAAAGUGAUGGAAAAAGAAGAAAGAUGAAAAAGCAUGCAUAUCGUGAUCUCACCUGGAGCUCUUUUUGCAAGGCUGCUUAUGAGUGUUUGGAUUUGGAUUUAGCUGAGGUUUACUUUGCAAAUUUCUUAAAAAGGUCAAAGAAGUUGAAGUUUCUGAAAUGCUGGAUGAACCAAGUGAAAAACCACACCUUGUCUCACGAGAAGAUGUCACAUGGAUCACGCCAAAGGGUUUCAGAUUCAUAUCAUCAGAAAGACACCGAUACUAACGAAAAUUUAGCUGCAAGCUACCAAGAAGGUGAUGAGUGUUUGUCAAUGCCUAUUUGCUCUGAUCAGUCGAGAAUUCUGGAUGAUGAUGCUUUUGCAUCAUGUUCUGGAACAUCAGAAGCAUUUUUCAGUAAUUUACCUAAGAUGAUUCAGGAUGUGCUUGAAUCUGAUGGAGUGGAUUUGAAGGUCUUGGCGGAGAGACUUGUACGCUCGUCCAUUUAUUGGUUACGUCAAAAGCAUGAAAUAAUAGAAAAUCAAUCCGAGUCUUGUACUAUGCAAGUUUCUGAAAUCAUUAAAUUAUUGCUAUGUGAUCCCAAACAUAUGAAGGAACAAACUGAUGAUAAUACGGGUUCUACUUCAGAAUACAUAGUUCGAGAAUAUGAGUUACAAGUUUUGCUUCGGUUUGAGAUACUUCAGUCAGAAUAUGCAGGAAGCAUCACAGGGUUUAUGAAGAUGAAACUUGUGAAACAAAUUUGCUCGCUUUUGGAGAUCAUACAGUACCUUGUGGAAGGAGGCUUUCAUGGUGACUUGAGUCUUUAUGAUUAUGUUGAGAGAAAGAUAAAAUCGAGGUAUUCACAGAAUCUUGGAGAUGUGGUGGACCAAAUAUAUGAUCAAAUGGACCUUUUGCCAUUUGGUGAAGAAGAUGAAGUUCAAGCUCUCAUGUUCAACAGCGAGGAUAGCAAUCAUUCUUGGAGAGAUAAAUACGAUAGACAAGAUGUAACAGCAAGUAAGAGGAUUAAAGAUUCAUUAUGUUUAGAGGAUGAACCUUCCCAUCCACUUGAAAAGGUAGACACAAGUCAUGAAGAACGUGCAAAAGAUGAUCAUUCACGCAAGUUAAACGAGGCUCGUGAGAGGAGAGAAAGGGCCAGAAGGUUUGUAUCUUUCACGAGCCGAAUGCCUGAUUUGCAGAGGGUUUGGGCUCCCAAGCAGCCAAAGACGUCCAUGAAAGUGAAAGUGGAAUCCAAAAGGAAGAAACAGCGGAGGGUUAGUUAUAGUGUUGUUUGUGAGACUCCAUUGAUCGGUUCUGGACAAGAGAAAGGUGAUAGGAGUAUGCCUUGUAGUAAUCCUGUAUCCAAGGCAUUAUUUCAAGAUGACAGAUGAACCAAUAACUGACGACAUAUGAAUCCUGACCUUUUUUAUAUAGUACUAAUUUGUUUAUUGACUUGUUUUUCUCUAUUUUUUGUAAAGUCAAAGUCUGCACUUAUAAUUCCAUUGUAGUACGUAUAAGCCAAUGAUAAGUGUUGUUAUAAUUAGAAAACAUAUAAAUAUUUGAUGAUGAUGAUGGCCUGAUCGCUAUUUUAACCA